AUGGAGAAGGACGAACCCCCACAGUUGGUAACUCCUGCAUCGGUGAAAGCCAUCAUCUCAAGGAUUGAGGCUGCCCAGCUAACCCGGGCUCAAGAGGAUAUUUCUAUCCAGCUCUCAGAUAUCUUGGACAACGUAAAUUGUGUCAUCAACCACUUCCAGGAAGAAUUAGGAUAUGAUUUAAAAGAAAAGGCAAAAUCUCACCAGACAGAGCAAAAGGGCAAGAAGAGAUUCAUCUUAUUGGAGAAAAUUGCCUCCUUCUCCAAGGAUGCUAAGACUAAAGAGAAGCACCUUUAUGAAAUUCUUCACUGGCUGGGUGACUGGGGUGACAGUCUGACCUAUGAGAUCAGGAACAGGAAGAGUGAGGAGGAAGAGGAAGCCUUGGACGAAUGGAUUGAAGUGAUGGAGAAAGUGUUACCUCUCUCCCUCAUCACCACCAAAGGCGGCAUCGAGUCUCUCAUUUCCCUUUGCUCCACUCUCAUUGAAGAACAAAAGAAAAGGACACAAAUAUCCAAACACACCUUCUGGCAGGGCUGGCGGGAAAAAAGCCCACAAAAGUCUACACCCCACCCUCAGCCACUGAGCCCAGAGCAGAUGCUCCAGGACAAAGACAGCACCUGUACAAAGGUCUCUGAGGUGAAAUCCAUGCUACAGGAGCUCCUAGACUCCCCCAUGUUUAACAAGGGGGAGGUCAAGGCCAUCAGGUACAUAUCUGCUGUGGUGGAGAACCUCAACAAGGCCUUGAUCCUCCAGCACAAGGAGAACAGGAGCCUGGAGACUAAAUACAAAUAUCUGCAAAUAGAGAUGACCAAAGAGCUCAGCAGCCAGAGGCUAUACUUCCAGAAGUCCAUUCAAAUCCUUGAGAGCAAGAGGGAUGCUCUACUAAAGCAGGUAGAAAUUCUAGGGGGAAAGUACCAUGACCUUCUCCUGAUAAAGCAUGCCUUAGAGUUCCAGCUGAAGAAGGUUCGGACUGCUAGAGGUCAAGCAGAAGACCUGGCCAAGAUUUUUGUUGACUCCCUGGGACCCUCUGAGAAAGAGACCCUCCUAAAGAAAGAAAUCAUCAUGGAGGAAACCCAGCAGGAACCCAAAAAGGAAGAGCAGUUGUUUUCACCACUUUCCUCAAGUCUCGUAGCCAUGGCCUGGGACAGUGGUACUACACCUUCUGCACAUCAGCCACUUUCUACCAUGACGACGCAUUUGAGGAUCGCAGAUGUGUUCAGCAGCAAGAACACCAAAAGUCCUGAAAGUGUGUUGCUACCCUCAGUGGAUCACAAGUUUCCUAAGAAAUGGGAAAGACUGGUGGUAGAAAGCCCAGGCCACAAAGACAAAGACCAGGAAGACAACUUCUGGGACAAGGAAGGACCCCAAAUUAAGUUCCAAUUUAGGAAGCAGCUGUCCCCAGAAAGCUCCAGGAAGGUGUCCUCAGAGAGUCAAGUGGAGCACUGGGAGGAGGAACUCAGCUGGGAGAAGCAGAGGCAGCAGUGGCUGGUGGAGGAGGAGAUGUGGCUGCAGCGGCAGAAGAAGUGGGCCCUGCUGGAGCAGGAGCACCAGGAGAAGCUGCGGCAGUGGGAGAUGGAAGAUGCGAUAAGAGAGCAGCAGCAAAGAUUCAUACAGCUGGAAAAGGAGCAAGAGAGCCCAGCAAGUGAGUCGGAGCAGCCAAGGAAGGACAUGGAGAAUACGAUCUUCACGACCCCCAGCCGACAGAGGAACUUGGACAAGGAAGAUCCAAUGCUGGUGCCUCCCCCAAGCCGUGCCCAAUCUGCUCGCCAAGGCAGGAGGCCACACUUGCCCAGGUCUCCUAAUACACAGCAGCCCACCACGGGAAACCAGACGACCAUCAGUUCAGCUGAGUUUAACCAGAAACAACUGGCCUGCUGGGUUCCCAAAAAGUCCAAAAAAUCUGCCUCCUUUCCCAUUACUGGGACAUCCAUCCGAAGGGUGACCCGGCCCUCUUUGUGGACAUCCCCCGUAACUCCUCAGGAGAAGGUAUACCACAUGGACAUGGAGGCCCUGAGGAAGAAUCUGCACCUUCUCAGCGAGGGGUCGAAGCUGGGGCUGCCUCACCACGUGCGCAGCAAGGCGUUGGAGCUCACCGUCACCACAAUGCAGCUGAACGCACUCAGGCUGCAGUACCUGUGCCAUAAGUACAUCCUCCACAGACGCUUCCAGAGCCUCCGACAAGAAGUGAUCAACCACAUACAAGUCAUGCAAGAAAUGCCAGCUACCUAUAAAGCCCAGAACCUCUACAUCUUCCUGGAAAACAUUGACCACCAGCAGAGCCUCAAGCUGCAGGCCUGGAUGGACAAGCAGAAGGACCUAGAGGAGAAGCGCCGGGAGUGCCUGAGCAGCAUGGUGACCAUGUUCCCCAAGCUCCAGCUGGAGUGGAACAUUCACCUGAAUAUCCCUGCAGUCACCUCCCUAAAGCCAAGGAAAUGCAAGUCACCCCCAGCCUUACCCCAGCGCAUCCACUCUGCCUGCAAGCAGCCCUUUCCGUCCAAGCACCAGGAAUAUGUGCCCCUGCAGAUGGCCCGCCAACAAAGGAACCAGAUGGAGGCCAUCUGGAAGACUGAUGUGGCCUCCUCCAGUUACCCAAUAGAAAAAAAGACCCCUGCCAGCCUGACCUGGCAUCAGCUGGGGGGAUACCCAGAUAUUCCCCGGCUGUUGGCAUUGGAUGUGCAUUCCUCCUACCACAAAGGCUUGACAUCCCUCAAAGCCCGCUCUUUCAGUGCCUCAGCGACCCAAAGGAAGGAAUGCCAGGAGCCCAGAGACGAGUCAGCUGAGCUUGUUCACAAAAAGUCAAGCGAGUCACUCCCUGGAACCCUAAAAAGCCAGAAGGAGCAAGACAGUCCCAGUUCCCAUUCCAUCCCUUAGCUAGUGAUUGUCAAACUUCAGGGUGACUAAAAAUUACAUGGAACUUGUUCCAA